AUGGUGAUAUGGGAGACUCAGGCACCUUUGAAAGCUGACAAACUUCAAAAAGUUUUGGAUAUUGGCACUGGCACUGGCAGUAUCGAGGACUGGCCUGCGCUUUUUAAGCAGGCUCACAAUGUCCUCAAGCCUGGCGCCUGGCUCGAGAGCUAUGACGGAACACCAGUACUUGAGACAGACGAUGACACAUUGGGCGAGAACAUGGCGAAGUGGGGCACGUUCUUCGUCGAGGGUGGCAAAAAGAUUGGCCGUAGCUUUACGGUCCUCGAGGACGGUACCCAGAGAAAGGCGAUGGAGGAGGCAGGAUUCGUGGACAUUCAAGAGCGGGACUUCAAGGUUCCUCUGGGCCGUUGGCCAAAAGAUAAGAAGCUCAAAGAGAUCGGCACUUUUGGUCACUUGACUGUGAUGUCAGAUACUGAGGGAGUCGUUCUGUUCAUGGCCAAUGUGCUCGGUUGGUCUGCGGAGGAAAGCCAAGUGUAA